GCCACCCCUAUCAUCUCGUUGACAAAAAAUUCUUAUUCCCAAAUUCACACUUUGUUCACUGUUUUCUUAAGAAACGCACCUAUUAGAAUUUUUAAUCCCGAAAUAUUGGGAUAAGUAAGAGAAGAAGGACAAGUGGGAAUUCAUAGUUUCUUUGAACAUUAGAGAGAAUCACAGGAAGAAGAAUGAAUUACGAAGCUGACACUAACAUGACUGAUUUGAUGACUAUCACACGCUUUGUUCUGAAUGAACAGUCAAAGUAUCCUGAAUCACGUGGCGAUUUCACCAUCCUUCUCAGUCAUGUCGUUCUUGGCUGCAAAUUCGUUUGUUCUGCUGUUAACAAGGCAGGACUGGCAAAACUCUUAGGACUUGCUGGAGACACCAAUGUUCAAGGUGAGGAGCAAAAGAAAUUGGAUGUGCUUUCAAAUGAAGUAUUUGUGAAAGCCUUAAUCAGCAGUGGACGCACAUGCCUACUUGUUUCUGAAGAGGUUGAAGAGGCUAUAUUUGUGCCACCAUCACAUCGUGGCAAAUACAUUGUUGUGUUUGAUCCUUUGGAUGGAUCCUCAAACAUUGACUGCGGGGUUUCUAUUGGAACUAUCUUUGGUAUUUACAUGGUGAAGGAUGAGACUAAAGUUAGUCUUGAAGAUGCAUUGCAACCUGGGAACAAAUUGUUAGCAGCUGGUUACUGCAUGUAUGGAAGCUCUUGCACGUUUGUGCUUAGCACAGGAAAUGGUGUGAAUGGUUUUACACUUGAUCCUAGCCUGGGGGAGUUCAUAUUGACUCACCCAAACAUCAAGAUACCAAGGAAAGGAAAGAUUUAUUCGGUGAAUGAAGGAAAUGCCAAAAACUGGGAUGAACCGACCACCAAAUAUGUACAAAAAUGCAAGUUUCCUCAAGAUGGUUUACCACCUAAAUCUCUUAGGUACAUCGGAAGUAUGGUUGCUGAUAUCCAUCGAACUUUGCUUUAUGGUGGUAUCUUCAUGUACCCUGCUGAUAUAAAGAGUCCAAACGGAAAGCUACGACUUCUCUACGAAGUCUUUCCAAUGUCAUUUUUGAUGGAGCAAGCAGGAGGUCAGGCUUUCACAGGAAAACAACGGGCUCUUGACUUGGUUCCAAAACAAAUACAUGAACGAUCAUCAAUAUUCCUUGGCAGUUACGAUGACAUCGAGCAAAUGAAAGAGCUUUAUGCCGCAGAUGGUGCAUGAAUAUUCUCUUUCAAUCUAAUUAUAUGUGCCUUUUCAUUUGUUAAGAUGUAUAUGUUAAAUUAUUGGCCUCUUGGCAGUUAAUUGAGCAGGACAACAUUUGUUUCGGUAGAACAUUGUGCUUAUUCGAAGGAGUUACAGAGAAAAGAAUAAAUGGGUGAAGGACAUUUUUUUUUCCUUUAA